UUAUAUAUUAAUGCUUUAGUCGCUAUUUCGCAUUAGUUCUGGAAUUGACAAUGUACCAAAAUAAAGAAUUUCUGUUUUUAAUUGCAAUAAAUUUUGUUAUAACAAUUACAAAUGUAAAUGCAUUCGAUUAUGAAAAUUGUGAUGUCGUUGAAUGUCCAAAUGGACCAAUAAGAUUUUACGAAGACAUGUACUGUAAUCCAAUUUUCAAAAAUGAAGAUGACUGUUGUCCUGAAGAAUAUGAUUGCUCUCAUGUUUAUUCUUUUAAUUUAAGACAUUUACGUAAUAAUUGUAUUGUUAAUAAUAAUACUUACAAAAUUGGUGAUAAAAUGAACGAUAUAGAUUUACCACGUGACAAAAAAAAUUGCAUUUGUGCAAAAGAAAAUAAUUACAUACCUGAAUUUAAAUGUGAAGAUAAAUGCACCGAAAUAAUAGGGCGAUAUAAUCGAAGGACUUGUUACAUAAGAAUAUCAAGAGAUGUUUGUGUUAAUCAAGUAGUAUGUCCUAAAAGGCGAUUAAGAUGUUUAAUGGAUGGUGUGAGAAGGAUAGAGGGUGAAACGUUUUUUUUAAAAAAACAUCCACUUAAAGAAUGCAUAUGUCAAGCUCCAAAUUCAGAAGGGGUCAAGAUUUUCUGUUUUAACCAUAAAAAUUUCUGCAACACUGAAUCAUUAUUUAUAAAAAUGCUUAUCAAAAAAGAAGCUCCAUUUUAUUUUAGUGAUGAGAAUCCUCAAACAUAUUGUCCUGCCUACUCAAAAAUUUACACGGAAGGUGAUGAAAUAAUACAACCAACAAAAAUAAUUUCUAAACACGCCCGUAAUUGUACAUAUGGUAUAUUAUCAAUGCCAAUAGGAGCAAAACUGAAAAAUUAUAAUUCUAGAAGAAAUGAGUUCAGUUGUGCAGAAUGCGAAUGUAUAAUUCCACCAUCUCUUACUUGUAAAGCACUGACAAGAUUUGAAUGUGAGAAAUCAUUUCAAAAUUUUAAAAAUAAUUCAAAAAAUUUGAUACCUCAGAAACGACUAGACAAAUGUGUUGUGAUUAAUAAGGAUAUUUGAUAAUUGUCGAAAAUUGUAAAAUUGUGUUAUCUGACGGAUGAACUUUGAAAACAUAUUUUAUCCACUAUUCUAAUUUUGUCACUAUUUUAAUUAUUUAAUAAUUAAAUCCUUAAACAAUAAUAAAUGAAUUAAUUCUAAGCAAGAGUUAAGAGUUUCACUUUUUAGAAUUAUUGUAUGUUUUUUAUUAUACGAGACCUUCGCGCGAUGAUUAUUGUUUUUUAAUCAUUGAAUUAUUUUGUAUUAAUAAAACAGUAGUAUAAUGAUGUUUUAUAUGAUAUUUUAUGUUUCAAGAGAAAUAAUAAAAUUUUUUACAUAA